AUGGCCACCGAAGCGCGCGACUCUGCAAUCCGUGAAGCAAAGCUUUACGUCCGCGAAAUCGUUCGCAACGACUGGACUUUCCAUCCCUCUACCGACGCGGGCGCACCAGCUUCCGCAACCCCCACGCCGCCUGAACAGGAAGUCACAGCAUGGCGACUGCGCACAUACGACAGCUCCGCGUCGGAGCUGGAGCCGCUUUCUUCGCCUACGAUCGCCAGUCCGCCUAGCGGGUAUGACUCUGCGCAGAUUGAGAGUCCGAUUUUGUCGCCGGAGGGGGACGAGAGGACCGAGCGGAGGCGCAAGCGGCGCAGGCAGAUGGAGGAGGAGAUGCGGUGGAAUGAGGGGCUGAGGACUUGGGUGGAGCGGCGGGAUGCGUGGACGUGCGCGAAAUCGAGGGAGGAGAUUAUUGCGAGGAGGCAGCUGAAGCAAGCGCAAGCUCAAGCGGAGGGUACUAUUAUCAACGAGGACCAGGGUGCGUCGUCUGGGUCUGCUUUUUCGAGGCCGGCUUCGUCUUCUUCACGAGAUGAGGAGAAUCUUGCGGCGAAGACCGAGGCCUCACUUUCUGUUGCGGAGAAGGAGGAAUCGGGUCCGUCGUCGGUGUCUGCUCAGCCCCAGCAGGGUGAAGAUCACAAGGAAUCUACUGAGACGGGGGCCACAGAGCCGGAGAUUGCUCUGCAACAAACAGCGACAGAUGAUGCUACGGGUACUGUCGCGAAUGCUACGACGCCCGCUCCUGCACCCGCUACCGCUGCAGCUACCGCGACUGCCUCUUCAAAAGCCCACCAGGGCUCUGAAGACCCCUACGUCCCUGUCGUACCCUCACUGAUCUCCACCUCUAACCCCAUCCGCGCUUCAAUCACCCCCGCCAUGUACCCCUCCAUCUACUCAAAGGUCGUCGUGCAGGGCCUGACCCCCACGGUCCCGAUCAACCUGGCCGACGUCACAAAGGCAAUGGUCCAAGGCUGGAAAGCAGACGGCCAAUGGCCGCCCAAACCAGCCACCACCAACCUCGUGCUCCAAGAUACCGCGACGGUGCCCAAGACCGCCGAGGACGGACAACCAUCAUCGCCAGAGUCGAAGAGGAGAUCGGGCGUUGUCGGCGCGGUCCGCAAGGUACUGCAUUUCUCGGGGUUCCAUCCGCAUCCUUUCCAUCGGCGCUCGAGUCAUAGCGCUCAAGGGGAUGUUAGCGGUGCUGUGAACACCGAGACUGCGGGGAAGUAG